CUGUUUACGAGGUGUUUAAUCAGAAGAAUGUCCUCCAGCCUUCCCCGUCACGUCAUCUGGGAGUCAGAGGGGCUGGUGGCCUACCUUCAUCCCCGGCCCUGGACCCCAGGCUCUGUUAUCCUGGAGCGCAGCACUCCUGGCAGGCUGGGAGGCAGCAUCUUCCACCUGGAGGAGCCCGAAUACUUAUCCUGGCUGUUAGGAGCGAGAACCGUCUCAGAGCUGCUGUGCGACAGGCUCGGGGUUCGCAGGUGUGCUUUGGUGUCCAGACCCCACCGAGACAGACCCGCCCAGAUCCGAGUCCUCCCACUGCACGGCCUGGAUGCAGAGUGGCGCCCUCACCUGGCGGGAGACGAGGAGCACAACGCCCACGACCCGGGAUACUGCACCUCCAGGACCGCUCCCCGAUGGAGUGACUCCAGCCUGAGUGAUAUCCAGACCAAGAUUCGUGCCAAGCUGCCGGUCCCCGAUGCCCCGCACAAUCUGACGUUCCUCGGGGACGAUCCGGCUCACCCCGGUCUGUUCUCGCGCAUCGUUCGUGGGGAGGAGCAGCAGUGGCGGGUGUGGGACGACGAGGGUCACGUGGCCUUUCUCACUCCUUUCCCAAAUUCCCCUGGAUUUACCGUGCUGGUACCACGCCGACCUUUGACCUCAGAUAUAUUCAGACUACAAAAGGAUGAUUAUGAGCAGCUGGUGCUGGCGACCCGGAAGGUGUCGAGGCUUCUCGAGGAGGCGUUGAACGCCUGGGGGGUGGGGCUUAUUUUUGAGGGUUUUGAGAUUGACUACGCUCACGCCAAGUUGAUACCGCUGCUCUCACCCUCAUCUUCAGGGGAAGGAGACGAUAAAACUAAAUCACCACCUCAGUUCUACCCCACUUAUCCUGGAUAUGUGACCUCAGAAGACGGUUUUGAAGCCAGCCCGGAAAGUCUGAAGGAGAUACACGCCAAAAUGACUUAAAGCUGUUACUGAUUGAGUUCCUACUCAUGUGUUAAACUCUCUAAAGUCUCAGCAUGACCACUGACAGUUUGAGUCCCUCUCAGACUUUCAUGACUAAUAACGGUGUGAGAAAUAAUAAAGGCCUGAUGCAAAUGGGAAGAGUCAUCGUUCAGGGAGAGCACUUUAAAAUAAUAUAAAUGAUUGCACAUAAAAGAAAAAAAUAAUUAUACAAGAACAAAAUCCAUGCAGCAUUUUUUAGAUUAGCAAAAUAAAACGAUAACUACCAAAAGAGAAAUGUGCAGGAGGAGCCAAUAAAACUCAUAAUCUGAUGAUUCCAAUAUUUUUAGCUUUCUUGUUGAAAACAAAUGUUAUAUGAUUUUUCCAAAUGAGGUUUUUGUCACUUAAUACAAUAUUGAUUAGGUAGAAAUUGGCAUUUUUGUUGCCAAUAUUGUGUUUUGCAAUUAUUUGUCUUUAUUAAU